UUACUUCCAUGCAGGAACUUAGACUGUAUUUAAAAUGAUACGAAAGCGCUUUUACAGCCAGCAGUCAAAGUAAUCAAUAUGAGAGUGAUGGUGGAAAGAGUUUAGACUUUACAUGUCUGUCUUCGAGGAUCAGGCCUCCUUCAUUAUCAUAUUGUUGCCAUGGCUUUCCCAAACUCAGGAAGGCUCAUGCCGAACAAAGCCCUGCAUUAGAAAGAGGGAGAGGCAUCAGGAAGCAUCCAGGCCCUUGACACUGAGAAAUACAACACCGAGCAGAAAACAGCAGUUAGAAAUUUAUGGAAAGCUUCUGGAUACUUGCUUAGCCUGCAUUUCUUUGUGAAGAUGAGUGCAGUUUCAGUGAAGAGGGCUCUGAAUGACAAUGCAAGCUCCACUGAGGAUGUCAAUAUGAAUACUGAGACGGAGCAGGCAGUUCCCUCUGAUCAAAACCACACAAGGAACCUGCCCACUCUUCCUCUUCUUGAUCUGCAUUCCUCCCCAGACAGACGCCUUUCAGAUCAGGUUUAUCUGCAGGCCGCAGCCAUUUUCCAGUGGCUGCAUGCUGAAAAGCCAGCGCCACAUCACCUCCUGCCACACAGAGAAAAGACAGACAUACCGCUGUCGGGGAGUGGAGACAAAAACACAGAAAAACAGGCCUACCAGCUCGCCUUCAACACCCUCAAAUAUCAAGAGUUACUCAUGGAUGUGAUUGCUAACAGCGGCUUGCAAAAAUGUCCACAUAUGGACAGCGACUUGUUGCCCCUGGCGAUGGUGAUGCUGUUUGAGCUCCAGGAAAAAAAGUUUGCUCUACAAGAGCUUGUACCAAAAGAGGGACAGGAGGUUUUCCAAGAAGUGAGGGAAUUGCAGAGGAUUCUUCAAAAGUGCAAAACCAAGCUGGCUGCAAAUCUAGCUCGCUUCAGAGUGAAACAUCGUUUGCGGAGCGUCUCCUGUUUUUUGCCUGACUCUGUCAGGACCAAACAAACCAGAGCUAAAAUCCUGCCACUCUACGCAUGGAUUAACACCCACAAGAUAAGUCUUGCUGAUAUUUGUGAAGCCCUGCAAAGCGCCGGCCUUAUUGAAGCUCAGAACAUAACAGACCUCACGGAGUUCACCUUCUGCAAGGACCCACUCUGUCCAGACACUCUUGUCUUCCAUCAAAGCCUGCAGGCUAAGCUCCUGCACAGCCGUCUCACUGCCACACAUGUGCUGAACAUACAGGACAGAAGUGCGUGUUUGACAGUCAGGGUUCUGCAGCCUCUUCUGUAUGAAAAAGCCGACGUGUUGGUGGUGGGGUCCUUCUCAGCUUUGACCGUGGCUCACAUCGCCACUGUGGCUGCUUCCCGCGUGGGCAGAGUGCUGGUGUGCAGCACCGAUCACACACCGUCACAGGUGAAGGAAAUGCGGGAGCUGCUCGCACAAAUGGACAUACAAAAUGUUCAAAUCCUUUCAGAUGCUUUUUCCAAUCUCAGCGAGUGGGACACCAGCGCUCAGAUGAUCAGAGUCAUCGCUGUUCUGCCACAGUGUUCGUCCUCUGCCCUCAAUGACCCGGUGCCCACCAUGCACAGCGAACACGGAGACUGGACUCUACUGCCAGAAUUGUCCCAGGGUUCUGUUUCCUCCAGCAAAAUGCUCUCCCUGACCACCAAACAAUCAUGGCUGCUGGGUCAUGCGCUCACCUUUCCAAAGGUGCAGACUGUUCUGUACUGCACUCGCUCAGUCUAUCCUGACGAAAAUGAGGAUCUGGUGAGGAAGGUUCUAGAAAAAGCCCGCACUCCUCCCAAACUGCUGCCAUUCAGGGUGAGUGGUCCGGUUUUUCCAAGUGAUUCUCCACCAGGAGCCACAGCGGACCCCAGGUUCUUCAGACUAGCGCCUUCUCAGCUCACCAACGGAUGCUUUAUCGCCAGACUAUCGCGUCAGGCUGACCCCACAAAGGUUGAAACAGUCCAGGAUGUGCUGGCAAGAGCAGCUGCUAAGGGCCUCCUGGGGGGCAUAAUUCCUGAACCGCCAAGAGGUCGUAAAAAGGGGAAAAGCAAGAAGACUCAAGCUGCUUCAUCUAUAAGCAAACCAUCAUCCCCAUCUGAACCAGAGAGGCGGGAGGGGGAGGAUUCUGAAAAUCCAACCUCAGAACAGGGACAAGAGAUUGUACAGGAAGACUUCAGGAAGGACGGGGAAAAGGUGACCGAAACGAACGGAGGAAAGAAAAAAAAGCGUAAACGGGCAAAAAAACAAAGCAGAAAAGCAGACUCUGUUCAAAAGAAGUCUACAAAGAAAACAGGGAACCAGUCGCACAAUAAGAAGGCAAGUAAGCCCAAACAAAUACCGCGUCUCACGCUCGCAUCAAUUUCCUCAGACAAACCCUCCAGCAGCUUGACUCUGAUCACAGCUCUCGCACACAAGAUCAGCGGGAAUCCAGCGGGUCAGUCCCAGCAGAGCUCAGCUGCUUCCAACUCAACCAUCAGAAGACCAAAUGUUCAGCAAGCAGGAGCAGAAACACUCAAGGACACCGCCGAACCCUCCAGACAGGGGAGACAGGAGAAGGCUGCAACAACACAGGGAGCAGUGAGGCCUAAAGACCAUGUCCUACCACCAAUUUCCUGUCUCAUCUCCUCUUCUCCGGGCAACAAGAGCAGAAAUUCUGUCUCCCAGAGCGUCUCUUCUCAGCCUGUAAGCACUUCAGCAUCCUUAUCCUCAAUCUCACUGCCUGACAUUUAAAAAUGCAGCCGUGAGGUUUAUCUUAAGUGUUUCUACUUUUGGGUCAAACUGAAAAAAAAGGAUAAAAAAAUUAACAAUUGUUCAUUUUUUAACACCAUCACAUGAGAUAAAUGCUUAAACAGUUAAGGCCAGCUUGAACAAAAGGAAUUUUAACGAUGUUUGUUUACUAUUAAUGUAGCUAAAUUCAUUUAUGUGCCAUAGUUUUAUAUUUCUAUGUAAAUGUGACAUAAUUAUAUAUUGAAUGUAUAUAUACAUUUAACUUUACACAUGAGAAAAAUAAAAUAUGAGAUCAAAUAAGGGUCUAAAAACUACUUUUUUUUACGCCAACAUUUCUGCAGCAAAAACGUCUCCUCUGUCCCGA